GCUCCGGGCUCUGUGGGGUCCUGCCUCUCACACACUGCUCCGAAAUAACUCAAGUAGCGGACUUCCAGCUAUGUGUAGUAUAUAUGCCCUCCUGCUGCCAUAUAGCACGCUGGGUUAAUAAUAGGAGCACGGUUGUCAAGCUAUUUCAGAAGGGGGGAGUGUCGGUCUAUUCUCAUUGGAUCCGUUUUAUCCGCGAGUAUCUCAUAAAGUGCGGGUGGGAGGAGAAUUUCCAGCAACGGAGGAUAUCAAAAAUAAACCCCCUCAUGUCCAGGGAAGAGCAGAAAGUAUAAAUACCCCCGAUAUGUCCAGACUGCAGCGGUGCUGGAGAGUGGUACAAGACUUAGCUUGGUGAGGCUAUCAGAAACGACAAUUCAGACAAACUGAAAUUAAAUACCAGACAUAACUUUGACCAAGACUGCCUUCACAGCGCUGGGAAAUCACUUUCAUUUGAACAGAUCUCUGAUUUAAGGAAAUAACUAUUCGAUUAGAGAAGACGCGCCAUUACCAGAGAUAAAGGACAUACAUUGUAAUAAAAUCUUUAUUGUUACUACUCUUGAGCGCAAAUUUCAUUGCAGAAGAUGUGUUCCACUGUGUGUUUGGUCGUUUUACUCCUGUGCGUAAUAAACGCAGCACUUUCCACUCCAUUUGAAUCUGAGGAUAUUGUACCUGUUCGGAUAAAUGGAAGAAUCAGCGGUCGCUUUUGGAAAAGAAGCGAGGAUCAGCCGAGAUUUAUCCUCAGUGCAUUUGGCAAGGACUUGACUCUAAACCUUAUUCCAGAUACCAGCUUUAUCGCGCCUUCCUUCACCAUACAGCGCAUCAAAGCCAGAGAUGUUGGCGCUUUACGCAGCUCUUCAGGUGCCCAACUUGUCGCUGAUCUCCAGAAAUGUAUGAACCAGACAGAGGAGAAAGAAGGACAGCUUAGGAGCUGCUUUUACUCGGGGAAUGUAGAUGACGAUCAAAGCUCGGUUGUGGCUGUCAGUUUGUGCUCGGGCAUCUUUGGCUCCUUCAUAACGGAGGGGAAAGAGUAUUUAAUUGAGCCCAAACUUCGCGGCGGCCUGGGGCCAGACUCUGCCGAGCAGCUGCAUGUCAUCAAGAGGAGGACAUUCAGCAAAAACCACGGUGUUCCCCUCCUGUUUGAACACGCGGCGGCUGAGAGUCGAGCGGAGAAGCACAAUGGGGAAAGUUUUACGCACGGCGACAGUGACGCACAGAGGGAACCUCGCCGGAGACGCUUUGUCUCCGCGCCACGGUUCAUAGAGACCCUGGUGGUAGCAGACUCAACCAUGACCCACUUCUAUGGAGAUGAAAUAAAGCACUACACUCUGACCCUGAUGUCGAUGGCUGCCCAGCUUUACAAGCACCCCAGCAUAAAGAACUCAGUAAACAUGGUGGUGGUGAAGUUGUUGGUGGUGGAGGAUGAGGAGGUUGGCCCGGAGGUCUCCAGCAACGGAGGUGUGGCUCUGAGGAACUUCUGCUCCUGGCAGCAGCUCUUCAAUCCACCAAGCCAGAGGCAUCCAGGGCACUAUGACACUGCCAUGCUCUUCACCAGAGAGGACAUCUGUGGACAGAAGAGCUGCGACACGUUGGGUGUGGCCGAUGUUGGGACGAUGUGCGAUCCCAAGAGAAGCUGCUCAGUUAUCGAGGAUAACGGCCUGCAAGCUGCUUUCACAGCUGCACAUGAGCUCGGUCAUGUGUUGAGUAUGCCUCACGAUGACUCCAAGACCUGUGAGAGGCUGUUUGGAGAUCUGGGAGGACAUUACCUGAUGGCUCCUCUGUUUGUCAGCCUCAACAAGACAGCGCCUUGGUCUCCCUGCAGUGCUCUCUACAUCACAGAGUUCUUUGACAAUGGACAUGGGGACUGCCUGCUGGAUGUCCCAGAGAGUACCAUACCGUUACCAAGAGAGUUGCCAGGCACUAAGUACAGCCUGGACCAGCAGUGCCAGCAGAUGUUUGGAGAGGAGUUUGUCCAAUGCCCCAACUCCUCAGAUAGUGAUAUUUGUAGCCAGCUGUGGUGUCAGGAGGAUGGGACGCUGCAGUGUUCCACCAAGAACGGCAGCUUGCCCUGGGCUGAUGGCACCCCCUGUAGCCUCAAUGGAACAUGCCUCCAUGGAGCGUGCAUGUCGACUCAGGAUGUGAUGCAGCCGCUGGUGGUUGUGGACGGCGGCUGGAGCUUGUGGGGGCCGUGGCAGCAGUGCUCCAGAACAUGUGGAGGAGGGGUGGAGUUCUCCUAUAGGGAGUGCACUGACCCUGUGCCUCAGAACGGAGGGAAGUACUGUGAAGGACAGCGGGUUCAGUACCAGUCCUGCAACACACAGCCCUGUGACAACAGCGACGGAAAGAGUUUCAGAGAGGAGCAGUGUGAGAAGUACAACAGCCCCAACUACCUGGACUACAACGGGAAUAUAAAACAGUGGAUCCCAAAGUACGCUGGUGUUUCUCCCAGAGACAGAUGUAAGCUGUUCUGCAGGGCCAGGGGCAGCAGUGAAUUUAAGGUGUUUGAAUCCAAGGUGAUUGACGGGACGACCUGUGGCCCUGACACCACAUCGGUGUGUGUCCAAGGCCAGUGUGUGAAGGCAGGCUGCGACCAGGUGAUUGGAUCCAACAAGAGGGUGGAUAAAUGUGGAGUGUGUGGAGGAAGUGGGCUCACCUGUAGAAAGAUUACAGGCUCCUACAACAAAGCAACCUAUGGAUACAGCGACAUUGUCACAAUUCCCGUCGGCGCUACUAACAUUGACAUCAAACAGCGGAGCCACAGAGGGAUCAAACAUGAUGGGAACUACCUGGCUAUAAAGAGAGAGAGUGGGGGUUACAUCCUCAACGGUAACUUCUCUGUAUCCACAGUGGAGCAGGACAUUCCUGUGCUGGGUGCUGUGCUCAAGUACAGCGGCUCCUCCACCACGCUGGAGAGGAUCCAGAGCUUCAGGCAGCUGAAGGAGGCCAUCACCAUCCAACUCCUUGCCACUGCGGGGGAUGCCAACCCUCCUAAGGUCAAAUAUACAUUUUUCAUCCCUAGAGAUGUGACCUUCAACAAAUCCAAAGAGAGGAAGGGCUCAUCCCUGUCUCUGCAUAUGAUCCAUCCAUUUGGUGUACCUGACUGGGUGCUGGGGGAGUGGUCUGAGUGCUCCAAGAGCUGUGGCUCCGGAUGGUCCAGGAGAAAUGUUGAAUGCAGAGACAGUGCGGGCUUCCUCUCCAGCCAGUGCGACAAAGACCUGAAGCCCGUAGACAUAAGGGCUUGCGGGGAUCUGCCGUGCCCCAUAUGGCAGAUGGGACCUUGGUCUGUGUGCUCACGAACUUGUGGCCAGGGGGAGCGCCGCCGCAGCGUCUUCUGCAUAGACUACACUGGGAAGACUGUUGAGCCAGAGAAGUGCGAUCUGAACAAAAUCCCAGAGCCAGUCUCUGGAGAAUGUCUCAACCAAGAGUGCUUAUUAGAAACAGGAGUAUAGUGAACUUUCUCUUUCUGAUCUGACUGCACUUAUCUACCAUGGAUGGAUUACUGAUUGGGCACACUGGGCACAGGCCCAGGGGCCAAAGGGGUCAGGGGGCAGAGACACAAAACAACCACAAAGAGACACAAACCGACCACAGAGAGAGACAUAACAACCACAAAGAAACACAAAGCGACCACAAAGAGACACAAAAUGACCACAAAGAGACACAAACCAUCCACAAAGAGACACAAAACAACCACAGAGAGAUACACACCAACCACAAAGCGACACAAAGCAAACACCAAGAGACACACAUGACUACAAAGACACACAAAACAACUACAAAAAGAUGCAAAACGAUUACAAACAACAUCUCUACGUCGUUUUUGUGUUUUUGAGAUUGUGAGAGUUCUGGUCCAACUGUAAAAUGUGGUUCAAGUGUGUCGUAUUGUUUGUAUUUGUUUUCUCUCUCUUUCAGUCUGGAGUUCUUGCUUUUACAGUAUUUAGGAGGGGUUGGGGGCCUUUUACACGUCUGUGCCCAGGGGCCCAUUGCCUCAUAAUCCGUUAAUGUUACCAACUGAUCGCAUCAAGUCACAUCAGGGGCAUUAGCCUGAAUAUUGUUUUGUUAUCUUUUGUUGACAUUUAACAACCACUAUUGAGAUUUGAAACAAAGGAAAUCUACCUCAGGAUGUACAUGUGAUGCUAUGUAUAGAUGCUAGAUGAAGGUGCUGUGUGUGUGUGUGUGUGUGUGUGUGUGUGUGUGUGUGUGUGUGUGUGUGUGUGUGUGUGUGUUUAUGUGUGUGUGUGUGUGUGUGUGUAUUCUCCAGAAAGAGAAGUUUUCUUGUCCCUCUUUAAACAGAAACUUAACUUUUUGGAUGAAGUCUGGUAUAAUCUGCAGUAUGUUCUAAGUUACCUAUCAUUUAAAGUGAGGCUGGACAAUGUUCUAGCAGCAAACAAUGGCAUGAAACCUGCUGUCGAACACCAGCACAGUGUAAAUAUACCUCCAAUUGUCCUUCACAGAACUUAAACACCUAUAAAGCUUUGAUCAUACCAUUUACCUAUUAUUGAGGUAGGAUCGAUGCAUUGGAAUUUAAGCCUCUGGGAAAUAAGCUCAUGUUUGAUUGCUUCUCUUUUCUACACACAUACAAAAAUGUUUUGUGUUAAAUGAUUGUGAUGAAGAUGUUUUUCAGUGACACUAACUCUGACAAUAUUUAGGACUUUAAAAUGUGGUAGUUAUAGCCUACAUCAGAACCGAUUGUUUCAAUGCAGAUCUAGACUUAUAGAAUUUACAGAAAUUGAGUUUGAGUUUACACGGCAUGUAAAAUGAAUUAGCAUAGAUAAUGACCCAUGACAGAGAAUUUCCAUCUGCCCUGUAGUUUAAUUUUAGCCUUUUCCCAGGUGCAUUAUAAUGCAGUUGAGAGGAGCAGUGGUACAAACAAUCUGAAAUGCCACAAAUAUGUCUUCAGAGGUGUUAUUACUAAGUUAAGUGAUAAGCAUACUAUCUAUCGUCUAUAUGAAAAAUAACAUUAAUUUUAUUCGUUUCCAGACUUUUAUUUGUUAAUGCAUCAUAUGCAAACGUUCACAGUUGUUUUCAGACUCUUGUAUGUAUAUUUGAUUUCUUCAUUCCUGUUGUUAAUUUACACUGUUAUAAAACAAAAGAGAUGGCACAUUGGGCCUAUAUCCCUUCAGUGAAGGACCAUACUAUUUUAUUAUUACGGCUUCCUUUUUAAGCUAUUUAUUUUUUGUAAAAUGUUUACCUUGGACAUGUAAUUAAUAUGGCAGAUACUGCUGUCUUUGAGAUUUUUGUCUAUAAAAAUGGUCAAAUAAACACAUUUAUGUCAAUA